AUGGACAGCAUCCCGGUAUCGAACGGAGCCAAGGGCGAGCCGGAAUCGCUCACCAACAAGACUCUCGAAACCGGAGCCAAGAUGGUCCAAAACCUCGAUCCACCCAAUCGUCUCUGCGCUCAUCUGUAAGUCCAAACCAAACCAAACCAAACCCAAAAAAAAGAGGCUACCCCUCCUCCUCCUCCUCCAACAACAUCCCAAACCACCUGAACAUUGAUUCCCCCAACAGCAACGCCUUCCACGUCUACGUCAACGAACCACACCGCAUCUCCGAAGCAAAUCACUACUGCGCGCACGUCAACGACGAAAUCCGCCAAUGCAUCCUCUACGACUCCCCGGGCCCGCACGCCCGCCUCAUCGGCGUCGAAUACAUGAUCACGCCGCGCAUCUACGCAACCCUCGACACCGACGAGCGGAAACUCUGGCACUCGCACGUCUUCGAGGUCAAAUCCGGAAUGCUGGUGAUGCCCGCGCCGGCGGCCGUGCCGCUCGCCGCGUGGGAAGUCGCGGAAAGGAAAGAAAUGGAACAGGUGGUGCAGUUGUAUGGCAAGGUGUUCCAGCUGUGGCAGACGGAUCGCGGGGACGCGGUGCCGUUGGGCAGGCCGGAGUUGAUGACGAGUUUUACGGGGGAGGCGCAGAUUGAGGGGUUUCGGGGGGUUUUGGAGGCGAGGGAUCGGAGGUUUGGGGUGGAGAUGCGGAAGAAGGCGGAGGGGAGGGCGUAUAUCCCGGAGCCGGAGGUUCAUCCGGAUGCGGACGAUUUGUGGAAGGAGAAGUAG